GUGGUUUUUUAGGUUUAUAAUUUCACAGUAAAUUAUGCAAGUUAAAUUAACAGGAACCCUAUCGAGUUCACUGCACACAGUAGAAAGGCUGUGGUUUAACAAAAUUAAAUUUUAUCUAAAACCAAAACAAAAAGUGCAUUGCUUUCUAUCUUGAACUAAAUUAUUGCUCAAAUAGUCUGAAAGAUUUCUAGUCUCUCCUUAAAAUAUACUUCUUCAAUAAAAAAUAAUCUGGGUAUUAAGUACAUUGGUAAAUAUUCUUACUACUUUCGUAAAAACCCAAAUCAAUAUCGAAUUAGGUUAAAAUAUCACAUGUAUGGCAUCUCCAACAUUUAUUAAAUUAAAACUAAACAGAUUAACAAGUAUCUUUGAACCGAAACCCAGCACAGUUUCGAGUUGUGCUUUAUAGAAAAAUGCCACCCAAAAACGAUCCAGAACUUGCCAGCCUCAGAAAAGAACUAGAGGAUAUUUAUAAAAACUUAAAGGAAGCACAAGAAAAGCAGGCGGAUGUGACCCUAGAGUCAGCAUGCGGUGAUGUUGCGGACGUACCGAAAGUGAAGCUGGUCACCAGGAAGUUGCUCAAGGGCCACUUGAACAAAGUCAAUUCCGUGCACUACAGCGGAGACAGUAGGCAUUGCGUUACAGGUUCUUUGGACGGUAAACUCAUCAUAUGGGACACCUACACCGGCAACAAAAUGCAGAUCAUACCGCUCAGAUCUGCCUGGGUGAUGAGCGUUGCCUUUUCAGAGUCUGGAAAUUUCGUUGCUUGUGGAGGUAUGGAUAACAUGUGCACUGUUUAUGAUUUGAACAACAGGGAUGCAUCUGGAGUUGCUAAGAUGGUGAGGGAAUUGGCUGGGUAUGACGGUUUUUUGAGCUCCUGCCGUUUCUUGGACGACAAAACCAUCAUCACCGGUUCUGGCGACAUGAAAAUAUGCCAAUGGGAUUUAGAAAGUGGAAGAAAAACAGCUGACGUGAGCGGACACAACGGAGACGUGGUGUCCAUAAGUUUAGGCCCGGAUAAGCAAACUUUCGUGACGGGCAGUGUGGACAAAACUUGCAGAUUGUGGGAUUUGAGAGAACAAAAACCAAAGCAAACUUUCUUCGGACACGAAGCUGAUGUCAAUUCAGUUUGUUUUCAUCCGAGUGGUUACGCAUUUGCCACCGGAUCAGAAGACAAAUCGGCACGAUUAUUUGAUAUACGAAGCGACCAACAAAUUGCACUUUACAAACCACCCUCUCCCAACAGCGGUUUUACUUCGUGUGGAUUAUCGCUUAGUGGCAGAAUUUUAUUAUGCGGAUCUGAUGAUAAUAACAUUCAUUUGUGGGACACCCUUAAAAAUCAGCAUAACGGAACGUUGGCUGGACACGAGAAUCGUGUAACGUCAUUGUCUGUCGCAGCUAAUGGUUUGGCCGUAGCAUCCUGCAGCUGGGAUCAAAACGUGAGAGUUUGGGGAUAAUGGAUUUAAUGAUAACAUUGAAAUUCUUGUGACUUUAUUAGAAUAUACAUAUGAAAGAAAGUUAUGUCUAAUUUGUAUCGUAAUUAAAACAUUACUGCUAAGUACAUCUAUCGUUGUGGAAUGGUUUUUUGAAUAGUGUGAUACGUUUUUCAAGUAUUUAAUAAAAUAAUGCUUCACCAUUA